CGGAAACUAAAAACUGUGUUACAAACAAAGACCACAGACCGCUCGCACUGGGCCUUUUUGAUCUGGUAGAUUGAAAUUCGCAUGGUAUAGGUAGCUAUUUUAUGUUGAUGAAAACCAAGUAAAAAAAAAUGGUCAAUAAUAUACAAAUUGUUCAUACCAGACAAUGACAGUUUUAUGACAAACACAGAUCAUAAGAGGAUUUACAGCAAGGGAUAAGGAUUAAAUUAAAUCUGGCUCAACAAACUACUAUACACCUGUACAAAAGGAAAUCAUAUUUUAAACUAGGACUAUUUUUGCUGAUGCGUUCAAAGACAAACUAUACUGAGGAUGUUUUACAAUGCGAUUGUAAAUUUGUUCAUAUUGUGAUGAUCAUGGACCUAAUGGCAGUACAACAUGGCCCCAGGGUAAAUUGACUUGUGCUCUUGUCUUUGAUGUUAUCUUGAAUUUAUCAUCCUGAUUAUAUAACCAAAUAAAAUCAUAAUGAUUAACGUAGGACAAUCUGUCACUCAGGCGACAAGAAGAGAUGAGGGCACACGCACAACAACCGAGGUGAGCAGCUCCAGUGGCUCGUCUUUUGAUUCAUCCUCUAGUUCUACAGUGACGGCACAGGGACAUGCUGCCACACAGCCACAUACUCAAGCUGUAAGACCUGACCAUUCAAGUAAUCCACAAACUAAUGUAGCAACAUCUCAGCAUAAUAGUAAUAUGCCUUCCACUCGCCAUAUCACGACACAUGAUCCCAACUCUGGAAUUUUUACAACUCGUGUUGAGAUACGUCAUGAAGCUAUUCCAGACUUACUGCACUCACAUGUUGUGCCAUCACAGCACUCACAUGGGGUGCCAUCGCAGCACUCUCAUGGUGUGCAAUCACAGCACUCACAUGGUGGGCCACCACAGCAAUCAACUCAGGCACCUAUUGUUACUCGACAUGGACAACAAGUAAGACAACCUCCACCUGCACAUCUUCUUAAUCAACGAGGUCAAGUACACGUGCGGCAUCACCCAUCUCGCCAAAUACGACAACAUCAACAACAACAUAGACGGAGAACAAGAUCUCGGUCUCAUAGUAACAGUGAAGAUGAACCUUGUAAGGCUGGAUGCUUGUCAUGUUUAGCAGCCUCUACAUCUUUUCGAUGGAUUUUAGUAAUUUUAUCAUUAUUAGGAGUAUGUUGUGUUGUGACUGGAAUUGUCCUUGCUGCUCUUCAUGCUGCUGGGAAUAGUUUUCUGUUUUUAGCAAUCAUGUUUAUAGGUUUGGGUGUUCUAUUGGUUGUUGUAGUAGCAGUUGGAUGGAAAUGUACACCUAGAGGUCAUGAACCUUUACAUGCAUUGUUUGGUCUUGGUGAUUUUCGAAGGCGGAGAGGGGGUAGAAGAAGAGGACGAAGACGUGGUCAUCAGAGAGGAGAUGAAAGGUGGUAUGGAGGAGUUAUGUACCCUGAAUUUCAGUACCGCAGACCUCCCCCAUCAUACAAUGCAUCAUUACAAGAUUCCUUACAUCAGUUAGCGAUGGCUCAGAGUGCCAUGGACAUGGAAGAAGAUGACAUUCCAGCAGAAGACUAUAGUUUACCAAGUUCUAAUCCUCCGUCCUAUAGAUCUCGUGCCAGUACUGUGAGAACUGGUAUACAGAUAACAUUUCCUCCAAAUCGUGAAGGUCUUCCUAAUUCCAGACCACCUACCUACAGGUCACAUGUUAGUACUCAUCCCUCUCGACCUUCACUACCUCAUGAUAUGGACUCUGCGGGAGGUGAUGUUGCCUUUACUGGUCCCGAUUAUGAUAUAGCUAAUAUUGACGAUGUGAAUAUGUCGCGUACUCACAGUAGACAGCCAUCCACUAGUGCUAAUUCACAUAGUGCUAAUCAGGGAGAACCUCUAGAUCAUAUUGUUCAGCAAACAUUACAAACGUUAGAUGAUGCCACUAUAGAGGGACAACGAAGGAGUAAUGAUGACAAUGAUGAUGAUUACCCACAAUUCACUGCUUUGUAAUAACAUGAUUAGUGUAAUUGGAUCAAGAUCAGGGAUUGUAAAAACAGUCAUGCUUUCUAAACUUGUGAUUCUUGCAAUGGCUCGGAAACAUUCCAAAGUGAUAUCAUAACACACUAAAACAAGAAUUUCUGAAAGUAUCUCUAGGAAAGUUGUCUUUAAGUGGCUCCUAUUGAAAAGAGAGUUUAUCAGAAUCAGCUUUAAAGUAAAGCAACUGAAUUUGUUUCCCAAACAAGAAAGUGUGGAAAGAAAAAGGAGUCCAGGUGGUUCAAAACAUAUCAUAUACUUUCUAUGCAAAUAUAAUUUUUCGUACAAAAAUCAUUGUGAUAUUAUCAUAAUGGCAGCAUUAUAAUUUAAAUACACAAUUCAGUAUUUUCUUUAAGGCUUUCUAAUGUUGUAGUUGGAAAGUUUUAAUAUAACUGUUUUGCUUUAAUGAUAUCGUUUUAUUAAUAAACUAGUAGUAGUUGUGAAGCUGUGCAAUAAAUGGCAAAAGGAUGAAAGUAUAUAGGUGAUUUCUCAUUCCAUUACUUUUAAGAUUUCAGUUUGUUUCGUAAAAAGUGUUAAGUUGUACAUUGAAGGUGCUUAGUGCUAUUUUAGAGCUUUAAGCCUUAUUUCUUAAGUAUGAUUUUACUUAUUUACACAUUGUUGUAAAUGUGUUAAUUAUUUUACGAUUAGGAUCAAAAUCUUUUAUUAUCAAUAGUUUUAAAAGUCAUGUGUAAGCUUUUUUAAACAGAAAUGUUUUUAGAAUAAUUUCAAUGUAAUGUAUUGUAGAAUAUCUGAAAGUAAAUGCUCUAUGCCUGAAAGGCAAACAAUAUCUAGAUGUUCUUAACUUUAAUAUUACAUUGCCUUUUUUGCCAUAGCUUAUGUAAAUAUGAUCUAGAUAAAUAGACAAGUCAUACCUAUAAACAACAUCAAAGUAAAGAUAAAUUCAUGCAUUUUAAUUAAAGCAGGUGCCCUCUUACAGCUACCAUUAGGUUGAUUAUUAGAGUUCUCAUCAUUACUAUUGAUUUACAAUUCUUUGUGUAUAGCAGAUACUGUGAUGGUGAAAUAACAUAUCAUGUGACAUAUCAUGUGUUCAAGUCUUUCAAAACAAGGAUAUUUCUUACAAGCGUUCAAAACAAGGAUAUUUCUUACAAGCGUUCAAAUAUUUCUUACAAGCGUUCAAAACAAGGAUAUUUCUUACAAGAGUUCAAAACAAGGAUAUUUCUUACAAGCGUUCAAAUAUUUCUUACAAUCGUUCAAAACAAGGAUAUUUCUGACAAGCGUUCAAAACAAGGAUAUUUCUCACAAGCGUUGUAUAUCAGUUUUGUUUAAUUAGUUGUUUCAAGAUAUAUAGUGUUAUUAUGAUCUUUUUACAAUACCUGUACAUCAUUGUUUAACACAUUUCAUAAAACAUUCCAAUAUCAAGAAUAUAUAAUAUAUUUUCAUGUAUAGAAAGAAGUAACUUUUAUAGACAUUAGGAUCCCCAUCACAAAUAUUUUAAUAUUUUUAUAGGCUUUGUUAUGAAGGAAUUUUUACGACAUAGGUUGUCCCCUACAACCAUCUAUUAUUUAUUUCUUGACUUUUUUAUGAACUUUUACACUAUAUUUGGUUCAAGGAUCCUUUGGCUUCUUACACAAAGUCCACUUUCAUGUGAAAAUUUUAGAACAAGUUCUCUUUUAUUGCCUUUAUUUAACAACACAGUAUCGCCUUUUAACGAGUGUUUUUAUUUCUAUCAACCUGUAAGGUUAAGAUAUUUGACAUGAAUCAAAACACAUAUUUUCUUUUUCUAUCUGGUCAAAGUUGCAAUCAGAAAUAUAAAAAAAAGUCUAGCUUUAUACUAUUGAUAAAUUUAGAAGGACCAGUAAAUGCAAUCAAUUCAAUAGCUCCAAUUGACAAAUUAAAACUUGCGAAUGUGAAAUUACUAUUCUCUGAUCUCAACUAUACCCUGCCUAUACUAAAGAGCCAAAAAUUUGACUUUCCAUAGAUCUGAUCUUCAAUGAAUUCCAUAGGAUAGACUAUCUGUGAUUAAUGAAAUAUCUCAGCAUAUCAACAUGAUGUAAUAUUUUAUCAUAAUAAUUAAGCUGGUAUUGUUUGGUAAACCUGUUGUCAUCAUAUGUACACAAUACCAAGGGAGAUUAUUCUUUGUAAUUUUGUAAUUUGGUUUUGUUAAGCCAUGGUUUAAAAAAAAACACAAUGGGCUUGUCUUUUGUUGUCUCUAUCUUUUUUUGUAAGGAAAUAUACCUGUCUCAAUAUACUGGAGUAUGGCAAAAAUUUGUAAAAUAUUUAUUGUACAUACAUGUAUGUACUCUUUGCCAUUUAGGAUUUUUGUUUCUCAAUCCUUUAUACAUUUAAAUUGGUGCAUCAGCUUUUU